AUGGACUUAUAGUAACCCAAACCUAAUAUUAAUUUAAUUGUUUUGUUUAAAACUUUAAUGAGUAAUAUAAAUUAAGUUUUUGGACUUGGAAAUGGAUAUUUUUCUGUGAAUAAUGUUUGGUAUCCUGGAAGCUUAUUAAUAUUCCCUAAUUAAGUAUUUUUAUGGGAUGUAUAAACAGCUGCAGAUAUAAAGGCUCAUACUUUAGAUUUUAUUGAAUUUGUAAAACCAAGACCAGAUUAUAUAAUUAUUGGAACUGGCAAAGAAAAGUUCUUUUUAGAAGAAAGUAUUUAUGAUAGAUUUGCUAAAUAAAAUAUUAGAGUUGAUGUACUUCCGACUUUUUGA